UAAUGUGAAAACAUGACAAUAUAUGACUAUUCUUGCUCCUUUUAAGACAAAUGUCAAAUCAUUACAUUCAUUACAGACGUCAAUUAUUGUACAACAUCAUGGCUACGCUGUUGGCAUCACCUUUUACAGUGGAUUUCUGCUGUUGUGGGCCUUUAACCAUCUGUAUGACUUUGUCAUUCACACAGGAAAGAGACGUGACUGUCCUGGAUCCUCUGGGGAGCCUCAACAACCUCAUGAUGCUGACGAGGCAGAGAAGAGUCUCUCCAGAUCAGAACACUUCAAGAAACACCAGCGGAGAUCCACAGGGAAGAAACCUCAUUGCUGCUCUGACUGUGGGAAGAAAGUCACCUCCUCAGCAGGCAUUACAAUUCAUCAGAAAAUCCACACAGUAGAGAAACCUUAUAGCUGUCAAUGUGGGAAGAGUUUUACUCAUUCAACCAGCCUGAUAACACACCAGAGAACACACACAGGAGAGAAACCGUAUAGCUGUACUCAAUGUGGUAAGAGUUUUACUCAGCUAAGCAACCUUAUAUCACACCAGAGAACACACACAGGAGAGAAAUCAUAUAGCUGUGGUCAAUGUGGGAAGAGUUUUGGUCAAUCUAGCACUCUGACUCUACACCAAAGAAUACACACAGGAGAGAAAUCUUAUAGCUGUACUCAAUGUGGUAAGAGUUUUACUCAGCUAAGCAACCUUAUAUCACACCAGAGAACACACACAGGAGAGAAACCAUAUAGCUGUGGUCAAUGUGGGAAGAGUUUUGGUCAAUCUAGCACUCUGACUCUACACCAUAGAACACACACAGGAGAGAAACCAUAUAGCUGUAAUGAAUGUGUGAAGAGUUUUAUUCAUCUAAGCAGCUUGAUGUCACACAAGAGAACACACACAGGAGAGAAAUCUUAUAGCUGUACUCAAUGUGGGAAGAGUUUUGAUACAUCUAGCCAUCUUAUUGUACACCAGAGAAUACACACAGGAGAGAAACCUUAUAGCUGUGGUCAAUGUGGGAAGAGUUUUGGUCAAUCUAGCACUCUGACUCUACACCAGAGAAUACACACAGGAGAGAAAUCUUAUAGCUGUGGUCAAUGUGGGAAGAGUUUUACUACAUCUGCCCAACUGACUCUACACCAGAGAACACACACAGGAGAUAAACCUUAUGGCUGUGAUCAAUGUGGGAAGAGUUUUACUACAUCUGCCCAACUGACUCUACACCAGAGAACCCACACAGGAGAGAAACCUUAUAGCUGUGAUCAAUGUGGGAAGAGUUUUGCUGCAUCUAGCACUCUGACUCUACACCAUAGAAUGCACACAGGAGAGAAACCUUAUAGCUGUGAUCAAUGUGGAAAGAGUUUUGGUCGAUCUGGCCAGCUGACAUCACACCAGAGAAUACACACAGGAGAGAAAUCUUAUAGCUGUGCUCAAUGUGGAAAGAGUUUUGGUCGAUCUGGCCAGCUGACAUCACACCAGAGAAUACACACAGGAGAUAAAUCUUAUACCUGUGGUCAAUGUGGGAAGAGUUUUACUACAUCUAGCAUUCUGACUGUACACCAGAGAACACACACAGGAGAUAAACCUUAUACCUGUGGUCAAUGUGGGAAGAGUUUUACUACAUCUAGCAUUCUGACUGUACACCAGAGAAUACACACGGGAGAGAAACCUCAUAGCUGUGAUCAAUGUGGGAAGAGGUACACUGAUAAAAGAUCUCUGAUUAAACAUCAGAAAAUACAUGGAGUUGUUUCAUGAUAUCAAUGAAUUAAUGUCACAAUGUAGAAUGUUUUAACAUUGUAGGAGGAGUGUGUAAUGAUGUCAUAAUGUAGAAUGUUUUAACAUUGUAGUAGGAGUAUUUAAAUGAUGUCACAAUGUAGAACCCUAAAUGUUUGUCCCCUGUUCUAUUGAUUUCAACAUGAUAUGGAUAUUAGCCUCAGGGGGAAAAUCCAGGCUCUGAAUUGAAAGAGUAUUAUUUAUGUGAUUUAACAAAAAGUGACUAACACAAAAAGAGCUGUGUUACACUUACCAUGUUGAUGACCCACUUGAAUCAUAAUGCAACACUUCGAAAUGUAGCGAUCUAUUUUCUACAAAUUGUCCUCUAAUCAGGGAUGUACACAUUAUUCCCAUAUUCUGUGUGUUUUUUGAGCUUUUAGUUUUAACAGGACGCGUAACCUCAUCUCCCUUCUGUCACACAAAUAAUUUUGACAUGAUAUCGAUGAGUGAUUUUAAUAUUAAUAUACUCUGCAGUCAGUCAGAAUGUCACAAUGUAUAACACUAAACGUUUGCCCCCUUAUCAAUUGGUUUCAACAUGAUAUGGAUAUUAGGCUCAUUGGGGGAAAUCCAGGCUCUGAAUUGAAAGAGUACUAUUUAUGUGAUUUAACACAAAGUGACUAACAAAAAAAGAGUUGUCCUCUAACCAGUGAUGUACACAUUAUUCCCAGAAUCAACUGAUUUCAACAUGAUAUCGAUGAGUGAUGACAAAUAAGUGUUGUGUUCCUUUGUUUAGCGACCUCUACAUUUAAAUGCAUCACUCCAAUAUGUAGCUGACUGUCUCUAACCAGUGAGGUAAAAUAUAUCUCCCAUUUCCAUGUGUUUUUUUAGUUGUGUUAGUUUCAACAGCACGUACAACCUGAUGUCCCCCCUAAUCGAUAUCAGUGAUUUAUUGCUACUUGUCAAAACAACAGUGUUUCUGGUGCUUGUGCAGUUUAUAAGGUGUUUGUUUAAGUAAUAUGAUUAUUGUGGCAGAUGUUUGUGUAUAUAGCACAUUUUACAUUUAGGUUUUCAAUUUAUCACAAACUGUUUCUGCAUUUGGACUAUUGAUUUGGACACGUUUAAACUGUGACAUUGGGGAUAUCCCACCUAGCAAAAUGUCGUUGAAAAUAAGACUAUGCCUGACGUACAAUAUAAGUUUGGUUUUAGUUGAAAAUAAAAAUAUUUAAUUUCAACGUACUUGAACGUAAAUGUUCAGCUGUAGUUUUAUAUCGCAUGCACACCAAUGUUUAUGAAGAAACAGAUGAUUGGUGCAUAGGCAUACCUUGUCACGGACAUAAAGGCCACUCGGGUCCUCAUUGAAGAGGUAGGGCAAGAGCAGAAUCACUGCUGUGGUCUCCGGUCCUAGUAAAGUAAAGCAAUGAUCUUACUACACUUGAUCAUUUUAUUACAAAAUACAUUAGAGAAAGGGAAGGAAUAAGAGCAAAUCCCUCUUCUGUAUUGUCCUUCAGGGACUGUCAAAAUAGCAGGAUGAUGUCCUCACCCCUGCCUCGCCUCUCUACCUCUGAUAGUCCUUGAAUUAUCUUUUUGUCUAUAUCCAUUCCAUGGACUUGAUUCAUUUCUGAGAAGAUCUGAAAGAUAAUUUGCACACAUUUGUAUGCUAAUAGAUUUCAGUUUGUAUUGACUGCUAUGUAGGUUAAAUGUACACUUCAAAUGCAGCUGUCCUACAACAGAUCUGUACCUUCUUCUUGAUCCCAAUUGCAUUGUGUCCAUGUUCUGUCCUAUAAGAAUUUCAAAGGAAGAGAAAAUGUGUCAAAGAAUAGUCUUA